UCAUGGUGCCUCAAAACAGGACGUAACCAUGUUACUCUCUCUCCUGCCCAACCCCUUGUUAAACUGAUAGCGUGAUCAGCAUGCAAGAGAAAGAUGAUUCUUGAAGCAUACGAUAACAGAUUGAAUGACCAAAACUGUGUCUCAGCUUCAGGGUCGGCACCUAACACACAAUAUUCUUAAAAAUAACACAAAAGGAAAAUUUGUCAGGUUUCCUUCCUUAGUUUCAUUCACUAUAUUGAAUCCUUUGGCUUCCAUUCUUGAGCAACACAAACACUUCUUACAUCUGUUCUACACAAUUCUCUGAGUGCAUGCCACAGUUUGGUAUCUUCAUGAUUGCUCAUUGUUGAUGCCCAUAAGGAACACGUAACUUCCUCGUUUAUUUAUUAUUGCUUUUGUUUUCUUCUCACUAGUUAACUUUCGUUUCCCUAUAUAAACCCUCCUUUGCUCCCUUCCCUUCCCAUCUUCCAUUCGGUUUAUUGAUUCCAAACACAAACAUGGCAAUGAAGAAGCUCUUGUGGGUUGUUCUGUCCCUUUCUUUGGUUCUCGGAGUGGCCAAUAGCUUUGAUUUUCAUGAGAAGGAUUUGGCGUCCGAGGAAAGCUUGUGGGACUUGUACGAGAGAUGGAGGAGUCACCACACGGUUUCGCGAAGCCUCAGUGAGAAGCACAAACGGUUUAACGUGUUCAAAGCAAAUGUUAUGCAUGUGCAUAACACUAACAAGAUGGAUAAGCCUUAUAAGCUGAAACUGAACAAGUUCGCUGACAUGACCAACCAUGAAUUCAGGAGUACCUAUGCAGGCUCAAAAGUUAAUCACCACAAAAUGUUCCGAGGCACGCAACAUGGGAGCGGGACCUUCAUGUAUGAGAAGGUUGGGAGUGUUCCUGCUUCAGUGGAUUGGAGGAAGAAAGGUGCUGUCACUAAUGUGAAAGAUCAGGGCCAAUGUGGUAGCUGCUGGGCGUUUUCAACUGUUGUAGCUGUUGAAGGCAUUAACCAAAUCAAGACAAAUAAGUUGGUGUCAUUGUCUGAACAAGAGUUGGUCGAUUGUGACAAAGAAGAAAACCAAGGAUGUAAUGGUGGGUUGAUGGAAUCUGCUUUUGAGUUCAUCAAACAGAAGGGAGGCAUAACAACAGAAAGCAAUUAUCCAUACACAGCACAAGAAGGAACGUGUGAUGCAGCAAAGGUGAAUGACCUAGCUGUGUCAAUUGAUGGUCAUGAAAAUGUCCCUGUGAACGAUGAAAAUGCACUGCUCAAAGCUGUCGCCAACCAACCUGUUUCUGUAGCCAUUGAUGCUGGGGGAUCUGAUUUCCAGUUCUACUCUGAGGGAGUGUUUACGGGUGACUGUAACACGGAUCUAAAUCAUGGUGUGGCGAUUGUGGGAUAUGGAACAACGGUUGAUGGGACUAAUUAUUGGAUAGUGAGAAACUCUUGGGGACCAGAAUGGGGAGAACAUGGUUACAUCAGAAUGCAAAGGAACAUAUCUAAAAAGGAGGGACUUUGUGGCAUAGCCAUGAUGGCUUCCUAUCCAAUCAAAAAUUCCUCUGACAAUCCAACAGGAUCUUUCUCAUCUCCGAAAGAUGAACUUUGAAAGCAUUCUACAAAAUCAAACUCUCAUAAGUCUUAGUUGUUGUUUUUUAAUUUUUAUCUAAGAUUGAAUGCGAAUGUAUCCAUCAAUAUAUUACAUCACAUAGAAAUAAAUGUUUUAAUUUGAUUGGAGUGCUA